AUGGAUACACUAAAAAAUGUUUUCGGAGCAAAUGAAGAGCAAAGGAGAACUAAGUCCAAAAUAAGAAGUCCCGAUGGCUCCUCCGUAGAUGAGGAUUCACCCAUGACAGAUUACGUGACAUUACGUAAAAAUCCAAGAACUGAUAUUCAAGACCUACGGAACGAUUUUCAAACUUUCCAAUCAAGGAUCAUGGCUAAGUUGGAGUCAUGGUUUACCAAACAAGAAGAAAAGUUUGAAGAAAUUAAGGCAUCUAUUAAAUUUAUGAACGAAUAUUUUGAAGAUUUAAAGUGUAAAACUGAGGAUGUCGCCAGAAGACUUAAUGAAUUAGAAAUAAAGCAAAGCACAGAAUCAAAAAAGUUAAGUUGUCUAGAUGAGCUGGAAGUCAAGAUCGAUAUGAUCGAGCAACAGGCUCGAAUGACUAAUAUGGAAAUCAGCAACCUGCCUGAAAGAAGAGGAGAAAACUUAUUGAUGAUCUUGGAAAAUAUCGCUUCUAUGGUCAAUAUGCCCGUGAGUAAACAAGACAUUGUCUCAAUUCAUCGUGUGCCGCAUGCUACAACGGAUAACACUCGACCAAAGAAUGUAAUUGUGAAAUUUGGCAACCGCAUGUUACGAGAUAAUAUGUUAUCAGCGAUUCGUUUAAAGAAGGACAUCGAUUCAGUGAAGCUUGGCAUAUCAGGCCCUAAACAUAAUAUAUACGCCAAUGAACAUCUGACUUUAAAAAACAAAAGUUUAUUUCGAGAAACGCGAGAAGCAGCUAGAAAAUGUGGCUACAGAUUUGUAUGGGUCAAGCAUGGAACGAUACUUGUCAGAGAAAAAGAAACAUCACCUGUGUUUGCUGUUCGAUCAAAAGGCAACUUAUCUAAAAUUAAAGCCAAUUGUUAG